UUAGUUAAAGGCAUCAAUUGACUUCUGUGAACAUGAUGGAAAUGCUGGUGUGAGGCCUUCAGGAGACAAUGGAGAAAAAAUGGACAUACUGUGCUGUCUAUUCCAUCAUCCAGAUACAUUUUGUCAGGGGAGUAUCGGAAGAAACAUUCAAUGCAGGAAAAGACAUUUAUGCUUUACCUGGCUCUGAUGUCAACCUGACCUGCCAAACCCAGAAGAAAGGCUUGGUGCAAAUGCAAUGGUCCAAGGUCACUGAAAAGGUAGACCUCAUUGCCCUUUAUCAUCCUCAACAUGGCUUCCACUGUGCCAGUGGGAUUCCCUGUACAUCACUGGUGGCUUUCACAGAAACUCCUGGGAAUGUGUCAAAAUGGACUCUGCUUUUAAGGAACAUGUCUUCCUCACUCAGCGGGAAGUAUGAGUGCAGCUUUACUUUGUAUCCAGAGGGCAUUCAGACCAAAAUCUACAACCUUCUCAUUCAAACAAAUGUUACACAGGAUGAAUGGAGAAGCAACAAUACAAUAGAAAUAGAGAUAAAUGAGACUCUGGAAAUACCAUGCUUUCAAAAUAUCUCCUCAGAAAUUUCAUCUGAGUUCACCUUUGCAUGGUCGGUGGAGGAUAAUGGAACUCAGGAAAUACUUAUUACUGAAGAUCACUCCAUCAGCAAUUCCACAUUAUUUAAAGACAGAGUCAAGCUAGGCACGGACUAUGGGCUCUACCUCUCUCCAGUCCAAAUUCAUGAUGAUGACCGGAAGUUCUCUUGCCACGUCAUAGUCAGGCCUGGCAAAAUCUUAAGGAGUUCUACUACAAUCAAGGUUUUUGCUAAGCCAGAAAUCCCCAUGAUUGUGGAAAAUAACUCCAUGGAUUUCUUAGGAGAGAGAAUAUUUACCUGCUCACUGAGGAAUGUAUAUCCCACAGCAAAUCUCACAUGGUUUAUAGACAGAAGCUUUCCUCAAGGCGAAAGAGAAGAAAUCUACACUACUACUGAAGAGAGAAAAAACAAAGGUGGAUUUUUGGAACUGAAGUCUGUUUUGACAAGGGUGUAUGGCAAUAAACCAGCCCAAUCGAACAACCUGACCAUCUGGUGUAUGGCUCUGUCUCCAGUCCCUGGAAAUAAAGUGUGGAAUAUCUCAUCCAAAAAGAUCACUUUUUCCUUGGGCUCAGUGGCCCCUCCAACAAAUCCUGCAUUAAAUUUUACAGAAUCUACCCUUGACAUUCAACCUUCUUCAGCCAACAGCAUACCUCCUACAAGCUAUCAAGCUCCAUCUUCAAUAACCCCUGUAGAUGUGAGUACAUCGACUCCAAAUGCCACACCUCCAACCAGCAAUUCCAAUGUGACUAUCCAAGGCUUCAACUACUCCUGGACCUCCAGUGGGAAAGACACCAAAAACUAUUCAUGGAUGCCCAGUGAAAUGUACAGUCCAUUCCCCUCAAACAUAGGCUCAACACUUCAUGGUGAUGUCUUCACCAGCACAUCCAAAGCAUUGUCAAGUAUUCUCACAACUGCCAAUGGAUCUACUGAAAAUAAUCAGAUCCAUAUCACUGGUAUUGUGGUUAAUAGGCCCAAAGAAGGAAUGUCUUGGCCAGUUAUUGUGGCAGCUUUGCUUUUUAUUUGCCUGGUAUUGUUUGGUCUUGGACUGAGAAAAUGGUGUCAAUACCAAAGAGAAAUCAUGGAAAGACCCCCACCUUUCAAGCCACCUCCACCUCCCAUCAAGUACACUUGCAUUCAAGAGUCCAUUGGAAGUGAUCUGCCUUGUCAUGAGAUGGACACGCUGUAGUUCUUUGAGACUUUGCCAUACAACAAAACUCUGCUAAAAUCCUAUUGAGAAGAUAGAUAUUUUGUAUUGCUAAAUAUUUGCCUUCUAGCCAAGCUUCCACUGCAGCUGAAAUGAAUGUCAGAAGAGAAUGACUUGUUUUCCCAGCAGCUCAUCCCCUUUCAUCUGCAUGUCCCUUUAAAUGAGAGUGAGAGGAUAUGUCAUGCUGACACCCAGUGCAAUCUGUAGGAAAUAUUCUUGC